CAAAUCUAAAAAAAGAAUCAACUAAAAAAUACUCUUAAAUUUUAAAAUAAGUAAAACAUAUUAACUAUUACCAAAUGUUUAUAUAGAAAAUUGAUCUAUUUUCUUCAUAAUUUAGUUUUAAUAUGAAUGAGAACUAUAUGAAAAGAAGUACCUUGAUAGGUGCUUUUCUUUCUAUUUUGGUUAUUAUUGCUAGUUUGACAUACUUUAUUUACAUUCUUAAGUAAUAUUUUACAAACUAAAUAGAACCUAAUUAUAGAUCUCAAAGUUUCAUAGCUGAUUACUAACUUGAUAUACCCUUGAGCAGCGAUUUGGUUGGGUUUUAAUUUGAUUAUGGAAAUAAUUACGAGUUAGAAAAUUAAAAGGAUAAAACUUACAUUGUUUAAUUAGCCUUCUUUUAUUAUCUCAGUAACGAAUAACAUAUGUUUAUACCCCUUGAAAUAAUAGACUGCACUAGUCCUCAUCUUUAAGGAUUUAAAUGCAUAGAUUUUAAUAAACUUUCUAACUAUACCUUGACACUUAACUCCAAGAUUAAUUUGUAAUCUUAGAUUUAGAUUUUAACAUAUGGAUGUAGAGAUAUCGAUGAGCUUAAAAAAACAGUGCCUGACAAUUGCGCAGAAUAAACAGAGAUAGACAAAAUUAUUAAUGGUAUAAAUGCAGGUUAGAGAUUUAAGCUUUACACAUCUCAAUACAAUCCAACUACAGAAGUGACUUAAGUAAGUUACAGAAAUAUAGUUGUUUAUACAUACUCUAUCUAAUCUAUUGUUACAAUCUUAAGUACUUAGAUUUAAACUACUACAAUAAAGAAAGGUUUAAUAGUUUAAUCCUCAGAAUCUUUUUCUUCUCCUAUUUCUUAUGAUUAAGUUAGCCAAUCAGUUGAUAGAUAGUACGCCCUUUCAAUAGGAGUAGGUCCAUACAGUAUUGCAAUGCUACAAGUUGAAGAAGUUGUUUAGUAAAUUCAAAUUCAAUACUCAACUUUACCUUAAAUACUUGCUUUGGUAAAUAGUAUUUUUGCUUUUUUAAUGCUCAUAGGAUUUAUUGGUCGUUAUGCUUCUUAAAAAUCUAUUCAAAAAGACUUUUUUAUGUUAUUUUUAAAGACAAUCUAUCAAGAUUAUUAUUUAAAAAACAUAAUCACUUUUAAUUUUUUAAAUGAUUAAUCUUAAAAAGAGUAACAAUUAGAAAAGAAUCAAAAAGAAUCUGAGGACAAAAAAUAAUAAUAAGAUGAAGAAGUUGAUGAGGUCUAUGAAAAAUACGAUAAACCCAUAUAUGUCCCUGCCUUUCGUAAUAAAUUUAAGAAUAAUGUUGACUUUGAACAAUCAAAUUCUAUUUCUCCGAAAAAUGACUUUUCAUAAAAGCCAAUAUUAUAUUCGAAUCAAUCCAGCCUUCAAACUACUUAAGAUAAAAAAGAAAUGCUGACUGAAUAUAUUAGCGCUUUAAAUGAGAGUAAAAAAGAAAAUAAUAUAGAUAACAUGUUAAAUUUUUAAUAAGAUCCUGUAAUAAAAUACUCAGACUUUAGCUAGGAUAGUCCUUGGGGUAAAGAUAUGAUUCGCAAGUUCUCUUUUUCCUAAAAAUUAAGAAAAGCUUAAUAUAUUAAAAGAUCAAAUUCUAGUUUGCUCUCCAAUUCAAGUUUAAGAAAGAAUCAUCAAAGUGAAAUAAAAAACUAAGACUAAAAUUUGAUUUUGUAAAAACUUUCUACCAUACAAGACCAAAAUAUUUCUAAAAAAAUUGAAGAUAUCAUUUUUACCAAAAAUUAUUUUAAAAGAGAAAAAUAAAAAACAAAUUAAUAUCAAAACAAUCAAAUGAAGAAGAGAAUUGAGUAAUAAAUUCAGAAAGAACUGAAUAUAUUAAAUUUUGUAAAGGAUAUUUUAUUCUUAAAGAAAGCUGUAUUGAUGAUGUUAAGUCAAGAACAGCUGGCUGCUCUUUAAGUCAUUAGUUGUUCAUAACAAUUUUUAGACUUGAAUUUAAAUGAGAAAUUAGAAAGCAUUAAGCAGUUAGAAUAAACUCAUAACUUGAGCCAUUAUGAAAAAUAAUUUGCUCUGAUGUAAAAUGAAAAGUUUUAGCUACAAUAUUUAAAUGAUUUCUUUACUAAGUGUUAAAAUGAAGAUAAUUUAAGCUAACUGGAUUUAAAAAUUAUAUAAACUCUUAAAAAAUGUCAUGUUAAUUGAUACUAUUUGUUAUUUUUUGAAUUCAAAUGCUGUUAUGAAUUUUGAUUUCAAUGAAAAUCCUUCUAAUUGCCUAGCAAAAAGUAUUAUUUAUAAUAAGAUAAUAAUUACGUCAAAUGAAAAUGAUUUAAAUUUGAACAAGUUAUGACGACAUAAUUGAUUUAUUUAUGUUUUUUUAUCAAAACAUAAUGGAUUUUUAUUUUUAAAUUAAUUGACUACAUGAAUGUAAAUUUCAC